AUGUGGGCCCACGGGCGAGCAAACACACCUGAGCUGGUUACAUCCGCCCUUAUCAAAGGCCAAACAUACGUUGGCAACGAGCCUCUCCACCACCACGCUGUAACACCUAGCUCUACAUCUCUUCCGAAUAUUAUAACACGAACUUCAUCUGAAAACUUAUGUAAUGGGCGAUCUAGCCUUCUGAAUCAGACAUUACACAACCUCAAUAAACUCACUAUUAAUGAUUUCUGA